CCGGCGCGGGCGGGCUUCUUUCCGGUUGUGGUGGCGUCUCUGGGCCUGCCGGUUUGUGGCCCCCGGUACCCGUCUGCCUUUGUGGGGUGUGAUCUCUCGCUGGUCUCGGGGGUUGGCAGUCCUCCGGCCCGCUGGCGCCGUGUCCUUGGCUGGGAUUACCUCUCUUCGGCCCCUUGCUGGUCUUCCCGGGGGGGGGGGGGGCUCUCUGGGCUGGCUCUUGGGGCACUGAUCUUUGUGCUGCCUGCCCCUAUGGGCCUGGUGGCCUUCUGGCGGCCGGGGCCCGGCCUUGCUAUUUGGGGCGGGGCUCUCUGGGAGGUGGAAGGCAGCCCCUUUCCUUUCAUGCAUUCUCAGUGACAAUUACAUGCCCACACAUUCUUGCACCUUUAUAUAUAUGAAGUCUUCCCCACAUACAGAGAUACCUGUACAUAUGCACACUCACAGUACAUACGUACUUCCCCACAUUACUCACUGAGUUAACCAGGGUGUUAUUAUGUUGUUGGUUUUAUUACAGCGACGGUGAUAUCAGCAGUAUGACUAUAUAUAUGUAUGUAUAUGUGUGCAGUAUAUAUAUGUAUAUAUAUAUGUAUGUAUGUAUAUGUAUAUAUAUAUGUGUAUAUAUAUAUAUUUUUUUUUACAAUGAUGUGCAUUACAGUAACUGAUUCUAUUCACUAUCAUGGAUAAUCAUUUCAUUACUACAGUUAUGUGUGACUGUUUCAAUGCGGUAUUAUCAUGGUGAUCACUAUCAUAAUUCAUCAUUUCAUGACUGCUACUGUGUGCGACUGUUUCAAUGCAGUACUGUCAUUGUGAUCACUGUCAUAGUUCAUCAUUUCAUGACUGCUAUUAUGUCUGAUUGUCAUUGACAGAUUUGUCAUUGUGGUUGUUGAUAUUGAUUUGUCCUUUAUCCUUGUUCGUCUUUAUAGUUGUCACGGACAUUUAUUUGCUGAUGUCGUUCUGUAUGUUUCUGUUGUUCUGUCACAAUUGUUGUUGUUGCUGCUGUUGUCCUUGUCUCUUGUCUCUCUUUUUUUUGUUUUUGUCCCCUCUGCCCCCCCCCCGUUUCCUUUUCUCUUCUUCUCUGUCCCCUCCUGCUCCGGUCCGGUCGCUCCAAAUUUGCUUUAUUACAAGCAUCAAGGUCGAAUAAAUUUUGUAUGACAGGGGAAGUGUAUAUCACACUUCUCUCUGGCAGAGUAAAUCUGUUGAGCACUUGACGGCAUUUAGGUCUACAAUUCUAUCUGCUUUUAAGGCUGGACAGGACAGGGGUAAAAAAAAAAAAAAAAAGAAAAAUCCCUGUUACAUCCUGUGUCGAUGUUGAUUGUCAACAAGUUUAUAUUUUUGGGUGUCUGGAAAAGAUUCAUUGGAUUUACAUCAUUUCCUGUGGGAAAAAUUAACUUGGUGUUUGUAUGUUUUGUUUUUUGGACCUUUUGGAAAGAAUUCAUGACAAAAAGCGACAUUCCGCUAUUUAUAAAUAAACAAUAUAAGAGGAAAAAUAUGAUUGACUUAUUACAUACCAUACUUUUUUUAAACAAUACAAUAGAUAAACAUAACCAACCAAUACCAACAAUUUGAACAACACAACAAAAUAUUUGUGGAAAUAGACAUGGAAGCUAACUGAAAAAUGUCGAGCUCAUCAAGUUAGUAUCUUUCCGUCACUGAUGCUGACAUCGGUAUCGAUAUGACAGCUACACUGGUGUGAAAACGUGUUUUCCCCACUGAUCUAUAUUAUAUAUCUGGAUACACCAUACGUCGCACGCGCCCGUGCAAGCCGCUGAAGCCACAGAGAGGCCAUCUUACCACACUCCCCUAUAGCAAUGCAUUACGGAGCCCCGGAGGGGACAUGAAGAAAAAAAAAUAUGAUGGGUAAAAAAAAAAAAAAAAGACCGAACUUUUGCGUUCCCUCGCAAAACUUUUGCGAGGGAACGCAAAACAGUAUUGCGUUAUCUCGCAAAAGACACGACAAUGGAGUGGGAUAAGUUUAUUGAGUUUUAUUUUGAGUUGGGCCUAAAAUACAAAGAUAUUAAAACAGUGCUUAGCAGUAAACAUAGGUUCGAGGUAAGUCAAAGACACCUAAAAAGAAUCUGCAGCGAAAGAGGGCUCUCUCGUCGCAAAGCGUAUUCAGAUGUAGCGGUCCUGGUUGAUUUCAUCAAGUACCAACUGCAAUACUUCGGACAACUUCACGGGUAUAGAUGGAUGUACGCGAAAUGCAGAGAAAGUGGACUACGGGUGAGGAAAGAGGAUGUGCGAAUGGCAUUGAAGGAACUGGAUCCGAGAGGAGUCGCAUUCAGGCAAGCAAGGCGCUUACGACGACGGAGGUACUUCUCCAAAGGGCCGAACUUCAUCUGGCACCUGGACUCAAAUGAUAAACUGAAGCCAUAUGGCUUCUGUAUCAACGGGAGCAUUGACGGGUUCUCCAGAAAGAUUAUCUGGCUCAACGCGUACACCACAAACAGUGACCCAAAGCUGAUUGGAGGCUAUUACAUCGAAGCAGUUCAACGUUUGGGGGGCUGCCCACGAAUUGUGAGGGGUGAUCCUGGCACUGAGAAUGGCCAUGUAAGAGACUUUCAGCGGUUACUCGUCCCUAUUCCUCCAGACGGCACCGUUGACAGUUACUUGGAGGGAGCCAGUACCGCCAACCAAAGAAUUGAAUCUUGGUGGGGUUUUCUACGCAGACAGUGUGUGGAGUUUUGGUUGUCUUUGUUUGCAGACCUCAGAGAUAAUGGAUUAUAUGACGGCGGGUUUCUGGACAAGGCAAUCCUUCAGUUUUGUUGCAUGGGACUCAUCCAGGAUGAGUUGGAUGACACUGCACAGGUUUGGAAUACACACACCAUCAGACCGUCAAAAAACAUCAACGUCCCCAGUGGUCGGCCCAAUGUGAUGCAUACAUUACCUCAACUCUAUGGGACCAGAGACUUCCUUUCCCCCGUUGAUGAUGCAAUCCAACUGUGCAAAGAGGAAUGCGUCUUUCGCCUGUCAAUACCAUGUGAUCCAGAUGUGUAUAAACUGUGCCUUAUCUUUAUGGCAGAGUCCCAUCUGACUCCACCAGCUGAUCCAUAUCAGGCGGUGAGUUUGUACAUGCAUCUUAGACAGGUCAUCACUGAGUCUAUAUAAGGCAAAAUGCCAAUCCAGACCAUAACUCCUCCGAUUGACCUCAUGACCUCUAAAUGCUCCCCUUCUGAGUGUGCGCCUGCAUCUGCAGUAUGUGUGGCCUUUAAUUUGAAAACUGCUUGACAAAACUAAUGUAUCUUCUAUUUGUGAUAAACAGCAGAUCAAUUUCUUCUUAUUUUGUAAGAAUUACAAAUUCAUUUCAUGUUUUCAUCACACAAAAUAAGAUUACUGCCACAAACAAGUUGAGAAACAUUUAUUGUAAGUUGACUAGAAACAACACAAAUGCCUUAUAUUCUUGUAGAACUAUUUUGGUAACUGUUGUGGUACUGCAUUCUUUAUUCUGUAUGAAA